UAAUUGGGAUUGGCCAAGAAAAGAGAAACUACCACUGAGAUUUAGCUUUUCCUUUUUCUUUUCAAUAGCUUGGGUCCCCCUUCUUAUUAUUUCAUAAGCAUUGUGUUUCCAGUUUGCUUUGUGUUCUUUUUUAGUAUGUGUGUUCUUUUUAAGUAUGAUUGUUUAAGUGAUGCACCAUCAACUGAGUUGUCCAUUAUUUUGUACCAUUAUUCUAUGAAACAGGUACAGUAAUCAACAUUUAAACAAUGAUAUGGAAGAAAAUGUGGACCAUAACCAGGCAGCUAGUGAUUUCUGAUUAUUUAUAGAAAUUAAACAGUGAUGUGAAAUAAUUGUAUUCAUAAAGUAUUACUUUUGUGUUUCACCAGUGGCAAAGAGGACAUCAGUGUUUGAUGAUCCAUCCACAGAGAUCCAAGAAUUGACAGCAGUAAUAAAGCAAGACAUCACUGCACUUAAUUCAGCAGUAGGAGACCUCCACCAGCUGCUCUAUGUCUCACAAAAUGAAAGUGGAAGUAUAUCAAGAGACACCACAACACAUUCAACAACAGUUGUGGAUAACCUAAAGGAUCGGUUAAUGAGUGCCACCAAGGAGUUUAAAGAAGUCCUUACAAUGCGAACAGAGAACCUAAAGGUUCAUGAGAACAGGAGGCAGUUGUUUUCCUCUACUACUUCAAAAGAUUCUGUGAAUCCAUUUAUUCGCCAACGACCACUGGCUGCUAGAGUAGCUGCUACUUCCUCAGCAGGUCCUCCUCCCUGGGCUAAUGGUUUUGCUUCAUCUUCCCAACUAUUUCCAAGCAAACAUUUAGAUGGGGAAUCUCAGCCAUUGUUACAGCAGCAGCACCAGCAGAUGGUUCCACUACAAGACAGCUACAUGCAGGGUCGAGCUGAAGCCCUUCAUAAUGUGGAGUCAACCAUUCAUGAGCUGGGCAACAUUUUCACUCAACUUGCAACCAUGGUUUCUCAGCAAGGAGAGCUUGCAAUCAGGUCUACCAUAAUCCCUUUUCUUUUGAUAUUUUAUCCACAAGUUGUGGUAACCCCCACCCAUUGACGCAUGCACAAACAAGACAAACAAGGUCAAUGACAGAUGCUUGUUUGUUUUUACUCAUUCACCAUAAGAUCAGUUUAUAAAACACUAGAUACACUACUGUGUGGGUGGCAGGAUUGACGAGAACAUGGAUGAGACACUGGCAAAUGUAGAGGGAGCGCAGAGCCAAUUGGUCAGAUACCUAAAUAGUAUUUCAUCCAACCGCUGGUUGAUGAUCAAGAUUUUUUUUGUUUUAAUGGUAUUCCUCAUGUUUUUCUUAUUUUUUGUGGCAUAAAUAUAUAGAAAAUAAAGGAUAUAAAAGAGCUUUAUUGAUUUUGGUCCUAGUUAUUGGCCAUUUCAAUUCACAAGCUAAGGAAGCUAAUUACUUGAAAGGAUUAAAUUUCAAUGUUAUUUUCAAUUCGUCGUGUAUACGAAGAUAACCCUUGGGCUAUUUCUCAUGGCAGCCUUCUGCUUCGAGAAAUUGCUGCCUGCUUGCUCAUGAUUGUUCUGCCAUGUUCAUUCGACCAUAAAACACUUGGCAAAACGAUCUUGAGAUAGAAGGGUCACACUUCUUGGGGGCGCAGCUUUUCUUUCUGAAGCUGCAAGCAUACAGGCCGUGGCCGUCAGAGAGAACUCUUGGUUUAGGGCUUCUUUAGUACAGCGGUUAAAAUUCAGCGGAUAGCGGAUAGCGGGUAGCGGAUAGCGGAUAGCUAUAGCGGGUAGCGGGUGGCGGUUAGCGGAUAGCAGAUGGCGGAUAGCGGAAAGUGGGUAGCGGAUGGUAAAUAACGGAUUCGAUAAAUAUAACUGUUUAGUUAUACAAUAGUUAGCGGUUGUUGUUUAACAUCAAAUGAUUAAUAAGGACAUGUUUAAAAA